GUUUGUAUCUACUUGCUGCUGCUGCUGCUCUCUCUCAAUUACCAAAAUAACCUCUUCAAUUCAAUUUUCUUAAACGCCACCAACAAAACAAACACACAUAGAUUAAAGCAUACAGAUAGAAACUAGAGAGCCAAUGAAGAAAUAUCUCUUUUGAGCUUUCACUCUCUAUCUCUUUAUCUCUUAACCAUGUUAUUGACAAGGAACAUAACCUUAACUCCUUCAAAUAUAUGUGUUUCUUGAUCUGGGUUUUAACAAUCUUUCUUUCUCCAGAUCAUAGUUUUUCUAAAGUUUGAAAGUUUCAUUUCUUUUUUUUUUUUUUUUUCAUUCCAAGUUUUUAACUUUCUCAAAUAAACUAACACUGAAAAGAGAAAAAACCCAUCUGGGUUUUUCUGUUUUUCAGUAUGUUUGCUUGGUUUGAACAGAUUCAAAGUAAUGGGUUUCUUGUUAAAGAUGCAUAUUGACUUCAGUUAAUUUCAGAUUGCAACUUUAUUUGUAAGAGAGCUUUUCAUUAGUUGAGUUUAAAAUUAUGGGUAGAGGUAGAGGAAAAGGAAAGAAGUUGACUGUUAGCAACCAUGAGGAUGCUGGAAGUGGUGAAGAGGAGAAAAUUCCUGCACAAAAGAGAAGAGGAAGGCCACAAAAACCAUUAAAAGACGAAAUUGAUGAAGAAGAAGUUGAAAAAGUAGAAGAAGAGGAUGGUGAGAAUGGAAAAGCUGGUAUCACAAGCAAAGAGAGAAAGAGUCCCUCUACUGCAGAGAAUGGAAAAAAGAGAAAACGUAACUCCUUGGUAAAAGAGAAGCCUGAUUCAGUCAAAGAAGAGAAUGGCAUUGGCACCAGAUCAAGCACCGAUGACUCGUCAAAGUCUAAUGGUUUUCGGCAAAAUGGGAGUAGGCGGAAAAGUAAGCCACGUCGGGCAGCUGAAGCAGGUGUUGAGUGCAAGUGAGAUUGUGGUGCUUAUUGCUAUGGGUCUCUUCUUUUUCACUUUGCCAGAUACAUUAUGAGAUAGGAAGUGAGGCCUAGUAAAUCUCUAGUCAAUAUUGCAUUCCGGUAAUUGUUUCUUUUGAUUUUGGCGAUUCCCUAUCUUUAAUUCCUUCUCUAUUUUAUUUGGUUUUGGAGUUUUGGAACUGAUUCUGCUGGUUGUAAUUUUUUGAUAAUGCUACUAUAUUCCAUGUCAUCACUGGCUUCUUGUAUUAUAUCAUCUGGAUAGCAAUGCCAAGCUCUUCUUUUCACUUUAUUUUCUCAGUUAUUUGCGAUUGGUAUAGUAUGAGGUAGGUACAUAUUAACUUGUGCAACUAAUGGAUAACAUUAAAUAUUAUUUUCCCUUAAUUCUCAAAAUUUGUCUAAUGAUAUAAGAAUCUAUUCUGUUGCUAUUUAAAUUGUGUUUAUGUUCUUUAUGUAGAUAGGUAUUAGAAAUAAUUAUGAUAUUUCUGCUUAAAACCUUUUCUUAUCUAGUGCACUAGGGCUAUAUAGCUUCCCCUGUAUUCUCCUAAAUGCUUAAUUUUGCAGUCAAACUUUUACGAACAUGAUUAUCAGUUAUGCUUUGCUCUCAUGACAUUCAACUGUUUCUUACUAAUUUUUUAACUUGGUGUGGAUAGACAGUUUCUUAAUUUUCCCCUCUUCCUGAGGAGAACCGAGGAAGUUGCAUUUUAGUCAACAGGAUGUGGCCGGUUCUCAAAUAUGUAGCCAUAAACUGGUAGUUUUAGGCAUGAAAAUUUUAAUUAGAACAUAUCAAAAUAGUUCAUUUGCUUACUAUGUGUUCAUUGAAUUUUGGCUGCAUUUGAUUUUGGAAGGACUGUGAGGACCUUGAGUUCUGUCUGAAUGGUAAGCCUGUAGCUUCUUCAAGUUUCUUGAGGCCAAUGCCUUAUGCCGCCAUGGGCUGUGACUGGAAAGAUACAUCAAAUAUGUUUGUGGAUGUCUCUUUUUUUUUUUUUUUGUGUGUGUUUUAUGGUAAUUCAUUGCUCGUAGUGCUGCUAGAUACAAGGGCUGUAGAUUAUGUCACUAAGAGAAUUAUUUUGAUUAUUUUCUCUGAAAUUUACUAAUUUUCUUCAAAUCACUAAUCUUUUAUCUUGGAGUUUUAAAAAAUCAUAGUUUUUCUACUUUUCUCAAUUUUUCUUGUUUUGCAUAAUGUUUAAAGUGCCAACAUGAUCUUUGAGCAAAGGCUCUUCAUAAAUGUUUGAACUUUUGUGUUGGUAGACUAUUUCGGUUGAUAUAAAUAUUCUCUGCUGUAAAAGGUCCUGGAGAUCCGCCAUUAAUUAUUUGUUGGGGCUAGACUAGUUGCUAAGCCAUGAAAUGACAAACUGCACCGUAAGUAUAAAGCCUUUUAGAAUUUAGACUGUUUUGAAUAUGAUUGCAUGGCAUACAUAUGGGCAAUUGCACCUGCAUGUCACAUACUUUGCAGGUACAUAUGAAUAUACAUACAUACACACAUACAUACAUACAAUACAUAGAUAUUGAUUAUCUUCAAUCAGUUAGGCUUGCACCUUUGCUUGUUGGAAGAUGAGAAGUUAAUUGGUGCCUGAAACGUGCUUCCAUGAUAAUUGCAAGAUUGUUUUGGAAAAUGCUUGUAAGCUUGACCAUUGAGAGCAGGCAAGGAAUAUGUAGGGAACUUAUCUAGAUGAAAGGAACAUUUACAACACUGGUUUUAAAACAAGAGGUCUAGGGUUCUUGCUGUUGUUCUUGCAUUUGAGGGAUCCAUUUAGGUUGCAUGCUUUUGUUUGUCUUUUUGUUUGUUUGUUUAUUUUUUGGGUAGGAGUGGAAUGUUUUCUACUAGAUUGUCAUGACUGAAGCUCGCCGGAACUCAUCAGCUGUAUAUUGUGGAUUAAUGUCAGUUUAAAAUAAGUGGACUAGUACUUGUUAUUUCUUUUUUUUAUCAGAUUUCAUUUUGCCUAUAAAUAAAGUUGACAACCCGAAUCUUAGUUUCAUACAGCCAUUCUUAAGAGGUAGUAUUAAGUAGAUUUAAUUUUCAAACCUUAAUGCCUGCAAUCCCUUCCCCUACAAUUUCCUUUGUACCAAAAAAAAUUGCAAGGUGAAGAACUUUGUUUCCUUUCUAUCUGAGGUCAGGUACUUUUUCAAUAAAAAUGCCAAUAAAUUUGCCAUUUCAAAUCUUUAAAUAAGGUGGCAUUUAGAUUUCUCAUAACAGAGUACACCCUGUACAUACAUUGCCGUGUUUUAGUUAAAUUUGAUAGCUGUCUACUUGACUUUAAGCAUAAUAAUCCUCAAGUCUUUUUCAACUUUUAUAGGUAGGUUUUAAUUGGAGAACUUUGCUGCAUGUUCAAAUUUCAAUAUUAAAUAUGAUGUGAAAAAUGAUUUAGCUGUCGUAUUUUAAUGCAUGCAAGGCCAGGCCAAGGCAUGACAUGCUUUUUGGUGCUGUCUGCCAACAUAUUGGACCCAUUUAUAUCCAAGUACAUUCAAUAGUUUAUAAGUGGCUGCUUGGGGGGAGCAUGAAGGAAAAUUAUUAAAAUUUAUUUGCCAACAAGAUAGAUGAAUUCUGUCCACCAAGAGAGCCAAGGAAUUAGAGAGUGCUAUCUUGAAAUGGCUGGUUCAUUUACACUUAAGUAUACCUAUCAAUUUGGUGGGUCGGGUCAAUUUAGUUCGGAUCAUUUCAGGUUUUAAAAUAAUAAGAUCAAUUUUGAGUUGGGUAAUUUUGGUUUUUUGAAUUAUUUUGGGUUCAGACUAUUUUUUAUUUAGG